AAAACGUGGAGGUUUGUUUUGAUUUUGGAUAAAUAGAAUUGUGAAGCAAGUUUUUUAUAUUGUGGAAUAAAAUGGUGAGCCAUAAGAAGAAACUGCGAUCUGAAAAGGCUAAGGUCAAACUAAAAGCAACUAAGUUGCCCAAAGGCCUUAAUGUUACAAAAACCGAGUUCAAGGUCCGUAAAAUUACUAUACGUGAGCAAUUGAAGGAAUCACAAUUCGAUGAUGGACAGCGUCAACUAAAUUUAAAAGAAACUAUUUCGCGUUUGAAACACCACAGUUCAAAUGCUCGGUCUGAUGCCCUGCGAAAUCUACGAGAAGCCGUCAUAGCAAGGUGUGUAAAUCUCACAGGUUAUAUGAAUAGCCUUGUUCAAAGCGUAUCUGCUAUUUCACUCGAUGUAGAUAAGGAUACGAGAAGGGACUCAUUUAAAACUUUGAAAUGUCUCUUAUCAACUUUGACUACGGAAGAAAUUGUGCCCUUCUUCCAUAUAAUUUCCUCUUAUUUACGAUGCGCCAUGACGCAUAUCCAGCAAGCGAUACAAGAAGACUCUCUACUUAUGCUUGAUCUGCUAUUGGAACAUGUGCCACAAUUGGUAGUAACUCAUAGUGUUAAAAUCAUUCGCAAUUUCCUUGAGAUGAUUUCUCGUGUACGCAAAGAAGGCGAUCACACUAGUAGAACGUUAGCUGUACGUUUAGGUCAGAAGCAAACAACAAUAAAGUGGCGCACCAAAGUAUUGGAACGUUUGCGACAAAUGCUCGCUACAUUAGCAAAAAGCAAACUGAGCACUAAUGAUGGGAAAACUAUAAAGAGUUUUACAAAAAUAGUCACAUUUAAUCCAAAUGCUCCACAACAUUACUCCUUGAAGCGACCGUAUCUUAAUUCCGCACACGAAAUCGACUUAUUACCGCUUCUGAGACCGUCGCUGAGUAGCAACAGUACUGAUGCAACCGGAGUCACUGAAGAGGAAAGGCUGCGAGAAUAUAUCAAUCAUUUGUUGCCUUUGCUUGUCGAUUCGUGGAUUGAAGUACGGCCACAGGAUCUAAGGGCUGGAGUAACAAUAACCAAUGAAGCAGCGCAAACAUUGAAAGUUGUAUUAGAAAUAUUGCAGGAUCUUUGGCAGCUAAUUGAGUUGCAUGAGCAGGAAGAAAAUACUUAUCUACUGAGUGCUUGGUUCCAAGAUGAGUAUGCCGCAAUUUUUGAUAGCAGCUUUUUAACUGAAGGAUUUCCGUACCAACAGAACGAAACAAAUGCAGAAGUGAAGAAAAAAACCUACAAGAAGCAUUUAAAAACUCUUAGCUCAAGCGGCGGUCAGUUAUGUUUAGAGCAAAAUAUAUGUAUAGCCUAUCUGAUGUGUCAGUUUUACAAAUCGCACAGAUCGCUACAGAGCCCGACUGAAAAAUUUGCCACAUUGUUGAAAUAUCUGGAGGAAGUGGUUUCAAAUCUGAAGACGCACCCUUUACAAGAUUACCAUGUGCUAAUAAUGGCCUUGCGUAUUUGCUUACUGGAAAACGAUAUACAUUUUAUUAAGUUGCAUAUUAAUUUAACACAAUCGCUGUUAAAUAGCACCGUGGAGACAUUUCUACAGAACACCUUUCCUGCCAAAUCCAACUCAGAAACAGAAGUGCUCACUCUGUUUUGUGAUAUCGUACAAUCACCGCAUUUAAGGCAGAGCUACGGAGAGGAGGCGUUUGACCGCUUUUUGAAAUAUCUGCCACAGCUUUUGCUCAGACAAAAUAUUCAAUUGUCUACGCUAAUUGCUAUGUCAGUUUUAGCCAAACAAAAAAACCAAAUUUUCUUGUGCGAACUUGGGAAUAAAAUCGAACUAAUUAUAGAAAAUCUACAAAAAAUUCAAGUUUAUGGAGCCGAAAAUGCGUUUGAGGGAAAGAAGCAUAUAAUAAACUUAUUCUACUGGACCGAAAAGAAGUUUACACCGGAAUAUAAAUAUCAGUUGCAUGAAAAUAUUGAUAAACACAUUACUGACAAGCGGAUUGUAAACUAUUGCAAAUAUAUAUUAUCCUGAUUAAGAAUACAAAUUAAUACGUAUAUAUCUAAAAAAAAUCAUUUGAAGCACACGCAUGUUGCCACAAAGUCUUGGAAAAUUAAAAAGAUCGGCGUAAUUCAAACUCAUUGUACAAAGCUUGGUAAUACUAAAUAAUUUAUAAUCAAUUCACUUCUUUCUUAUGGAUACAGUUUGUUCUUACAUAUUCUUGUUACUUCUUACGGGCAAAAAGGUUUAAAUUACUACAGCAAAAUCUCGUUUGAAAGUAAUGUUGGUCUCGUAGUAAUGUUUUCACGCACAUCAGUGAUGUGCCAGUACAGUAACGUAUCAGUGAAAAAUAAAAUACAUUGCUUUAGUAUCAAAUCAACAUAUUCAGACAAAUCAGACACAGUGACUUUUUUUGGCAUAAGUAAGGAAUACCGACUCCUGACUCCAGAGAAAGGGUAAUUCUGGGCUGAUUUUAAAGGUAUAUAAAAUUUCUUGUGCAAAUAAUUAACAUGGGAUGUAGAGGGGUGGAAAGGUGAAAAAAUCGAAACUUUAAAAUAUCUAUAUUUCGUAAUGUACUAAACCGAUAAUUAACGAAAUUAGUGUUAUUCGACAACUAAUUAAAAGCCAUGCGGCCGAACUCUAAUAAAACAAAAGUUUUUAAGAAAAAUA